AGAAGAGGAAAACGAAAGUAAAGUCACAUCACUGUGAACAACAUCAACAGAGAUACCAAAUAAACAUGUUGCUUUCUGGAUUUGAUCCUUGCGAUGUUCCAGAAAACAUUCACAAUGAUAACCAAAUCUAACACUCGCGGUCAUUUAUGAAUAUUUAAUCCACAAUUCAUCGAUCAGCAAGAGAUUUUGAGAACGACGCGCGCUGACAGACAACAAGAGAAGGAGGAAAAAGAGGACGUUUAUAUAAAAUACUUAUAAAUUCUCUUCGUAGUGGACAAGACUUCAAGAAAGUCCUGCUGAACGAUUGAUUGUUUUCUCAAACCAGUGCUGAUCAGAGGAGCGAGGAAAGGACUCUCUCUCUAAGAUGAGUCUCUCAGAGAAACACAGUGUAAGAUCAGGAUCACAUGUGUCCAGCUCUGUGUCUCUGAAGAGUGACCGGUCAAAAGAAGGUGCAGGACCAAACUUCAGUGAGAAAACACCAUCAUCUAAUAAAAGUGUAAGAUCAGGAUCACAUGUGUCCAGCUCUGUGUCUCUGAAGAGUGAUCAGUCAAAAGGACAAGUACCAAACUUCAGUGGGGAAAAACCAUCAUCUAAUAAAAGUGUAAGAUCAGGAUCACAUGUGUCCAGUUCUGUGUCUCUGAAGAGUGAUUGGUCAAAAGAACUACCACCAAACUUCAGUGAGAAAACACCAUCAUCUAAUAAAAGGCUUCAAUAUGAGACAUUAGACUCAGAUGUUCAGACUCACAGGAACCACAAGAAUUUCAAAGACAAUCUCCUGUGGAUCUUCCAGGAUAUUGAGAGCAAAAUAAUCACAUUUCUGAAGAAAGAGCUGGAAAAGUUUAAGAAAAUAUUACAAUAUGAGAACAGAGAAAACUUUGUGAAGGACUUUAAUGAGAAUAGAUGCAGUAUCAAAGCAGCAGCUCUUGAUCUCACACUACAUUACCUGAGAGAGAUGAAGCAAGAUGAAGCUGCUGAUGCUCUAGAAGAUGAGCUGCUCUUCAUUCAUCAGCUAAAAUGUGGCCUAAAGAAGAAGUAUCAAUGUGUGUUUGAAGGAAUGGCGAAGCAUGGUGACUCCAUACUUCUGAAUAACAUCUACACAGAUCUCUAUAUCACUCAGGGUGGCAGUGAACAGGUCAAUACUGAACAUGAGGUCAGACAGAUUGAAGUUGCUUCCAGGCGUCAUGAAUCUCAAGAGAUUCAGGUUAAAUGCACAAAUUUGUUUGAAGCUCCUGAACAAGACGAGGAGAUCCGAACUGUACUGACAAAAGGAGUCGCUGGCAUCGGAAAAUCAGUCUCUGUGCAAAAGUUUGUUCUGGACUGGGCUGAAGAAAAAGAAAAUCAAGAUAUCAGUUUCAUAUUUCCUCUUCCAUUCAGAGAGUUGAACUUAAAGGAGAAAGAAAAACUAAGUUUGAUGGACCUUAUAACUAUUUUUUUCCCAGAGACAAAAGGACUGAACCUUACAGGAAGGAAUCAAUUCAAAGUCCUGUUCAUCCUUGAUGGAUUGGACGAAUGUCGCCUUCCUCUGAAGUUUGAUUGUAAUGAGACGUGGUGUGAUGUAUCUUCACCAGCCUCUCUGGAUGUUCUCCUAACGAACCUCAUGAAGGGAAAUCUGCUUCCUUCUGCUCUCAUCUGGAUCACCACCAGACCAGCAGCUGCCAGUAAGAUUCCUCCUGACUGUAUCGACCGGCUGACAGAGAUACGAGGAUUCAGUGAUGCACAAAAGCAAGAGUACUUCAAAAAAAGAUUCACGGAUCAGAAUCAGGCCAUCACAAUCAUUGAUCAUGUUAAAAAAUCAAAGAGUCUCUUUAUCAUGUGCCACAUCCCAGUCUUCUGCUGGAUUUCAGCCACUGUUCUCCAGAACAUUCUGGAGGAGAAAAGAAAUAAUGAUGUGAAAAACAAUCAGGCUGAUGAGAUCUCUAAAACACUACAGGAAUCAAAUACUGAAGACACUCCCAAGACUCUGACACAAAUGUACACACACUUUCUCCGCUUUCAGAUCCAGCAGAGCCGCCGAAAGUAUGAUGGAGAAUACGCAGCAGAUGUUUCCUGGGAUAAAGACACCAUCCUUUCACUGGGGAAACUGGCAUUUCAUCAGCUGGAAAGAAACAACGUGAUCUUCUAUGACACAGACCUGGAAGCCUGUGGUAUUGACGUCUAUAAGGCAUCAGUGUACUCAGGCAUGUGUACCCAGAUCUUUAAGGAGGAAACAGGGAUCAUUCUUGGUACCAUGUACUGCUUUGUUCACUUGAGCAUUCAAGAGUUUAUUGCAGCCCUUUAUGCACAUCUGUUUCUAGACAUCAACAAGAAAAGUGUGUUUGUUCAUGAGUCUACAGAACAGGAAAACAAAAAUAAAUCCAUGAUUGAUUUUCUCAAGACUGCAGUGGACGAGGCGCUCAAGAGUGACAAUGGACACCUGGACCUUUUCCUUCGCUUCCUCCUCGGCCUGUCACUCCAGUCCAAUCGACGACUCUUACGGGGUCUGUUGACACAGCAAGACGGCAAUGACCAGAGCAACAAGGAAAUAGUUCAGUACAUCAAGCAGAAAUUAGAAGGUAAUCUGUCUGCAGAGAGAUCCAUCAAUCUGUUCUACUGUCUGAAUGAACUGAAUGACCAAACUCUGGUGAAGGAGAUUCAGACCCACCUUAGCAAAGGAAGUCUCUCAUCUGGUGACCUUUCACCUGCCCAGUGGUCUGCUUUGGUCUUUGUGUUGUUGACAUCAGAGGAAGAGCUGGAGGAGUUUGAGCUUCAGAAAUUCAAGAAAUCAGACGAAUGUCUCAUUAGAUUAUCGGCAGUCAUCAAAACCUCUAGAAGAGCUCUGUUAAAUGACUGUAACUUAACAGACAAUAGCUGUUCAGCUCUGGCUGCAGUUCUUGGAGCAGAUACUAAUCUGAGAGAGCUGAACAUGAACAAAAAUAAUCUACAGGAUUUAGGAGUGAAGAUGCUCUGCACUGGACUGAAGAAUAUAAACUGUAAAUUGGAGAUACUGAGACUCUCUAACUGCAGUGUAACAGAAGAAGGUUAUAAAGCUCUGGCUUCAGCUCUGAGAUCAAACCCUUCACACCUGAUAGAGCUGGAUCUCACAGGAAAUGAUCCUGGACAAUCAGGAGUGAAGGAGCUCAGUGAUUUACUACAGGAUCCAAACUGUCAACUGAAGACACUGAGUCUGAGUGAAUGCAGUAUUACAGAGAAACAGUGUGUCAUCCUGACUUCAGCUCUGAAAUCAAACCCGUCACACCUGAGAGAGCUGGACCUGAGCUGGAAUAAACUAGGAAACUCUGGAGUGAAAAACCUCAGUGAUCUACUGAUGAACCCACAAUUCAAGCUGGAGAAACUACAUCUGUAUGGAUGCAGAAUUACAGAGAAACAGUGUGUCAUCCUGACUUCAGCUCUGAAAUCAAACCCGUCACACCUGAGAGAGCUGGACCUGAGCUGGAAUAAACUAGGAAACUCUGGAGUGAAAAACCUCAGUGAUCUACUGAUGAACCCACAAUUCAAGCUGGAGAAACUACAUCUGUAUGAAUGCAGUUUUACAGAGAAACAGUGUGUCAUCCUGACUUCAGCUCUGAAAUCAAACCCGUCACACCUGAGAGAGCUGAACCUGAGCGGGAAUGAACUAGGAAACACAGGAGUGAAGCUCUUAUGUGACGUACUGAAGGAUUCACACUGUAAACUGGAGAGAUUGAGACUCUCUAACUGCAGUGUAACAGAAGAAGGUUAUAAAGCUCUGGCUUCAGCUCUGAGAUCAAACCCUUCACACCUGAUAGAGCUGGAUCUCACAGGAAAUGAUCCUGGACAAUCAGGAGUGAAGGAGCUCAGUGAUUUACUACAGGAUCCAAACUGUCAACUGAAGACACUGAGGUUUUUGAGUGCUGCUGCAGAUGAAGCCUGUCAGUAUGUGGAGAGAGUUGUGGCUAAAAACCCGUUACUCCUGAGAGAGCUGAAUCUGAGUGAACAUGAACUAGGAGACACACGAGUGAAUCAGAUCGCUGCUCUACUGCAGGAUAAACACUGUCAACUCAAAACACUGAAUCUGAGUGUUUGCAGUAUUACAGAGAAACAGUGUGUCAUCCUGACUUCAGCUCUGAAAUCAAACCCGUCACACCUGAGAGAGCUGAACCUGAGCUGGAAUGAACUAGGAGACUCUGGAGUGAAAAACCUCAGUGAUCUACUGAUGAACCCACAAUUCAAGCUGGAGAAACUACAUCUGAUUAGAUGCAGUAUUACAGAGAAACAGUGUGUCAUCCUGACUUCAGCUCUGAAAUCAAACCCGUCACACCUGAGAGAGCUGGACCUGAGCGGGAAUAAACUAGGAGACUCUGGAGUGAAAAACCUCAGUGAUCUACUGAUGAACCCACAAUUCAAGCUGGAGAAACUACAUCUGAUUAGAUGCAGUAUUACAGAGAAACAGUGUGUCAUGCUGACUUCAGCUCUGAAAUCAAACCCGUCACACCUGAGAGAGCUGGACCUGAGCGGGAAUGAACUAGGAGACUCUGGAGUGAAAAACCUCAGUGAUCUACUGAUGAACCCACAAUUCAAGCUGGAGAAACUACAUCUGUUUAGAUGCAGUAUUACAGAGAAACAGUGUGUCAUCCUGACUUCAGCUCUGAAAUCAAACCCGUCACACCUGAGAGAGCUGAACCUGAGCUGGAAUGAACUUGGAGACUCUGGAGUGAAAAACCUCAGUGAUCUACUGAUGAACCCACAAUUCAAGCUGGAGAAACUACAUCUGUGGAGAUGCAGUAUUACAGAGAAACAGUGUGUCAUCCUGACUUCAGCUCUGAAAUCAAACCCGUCACACCUGAGAGAGCUGAACCUGAGCUGGAAUAUAAUAGGAAACACAGGAGUGAAGCACUUAUGUGACGUACUGAAGGAUUCACACUGUAAACUGGAGAGAUUGAGACUCUCUAACUGCAGUGUAACAGAAGAAGGUUAUAAAGCUCUGGCUUCAGCUCUGAGAUCAAACCCUUCACACCUGAUAGAGCUGGAUCUCACAGGAAAUGAUCCUGGACAAUCAGGAGUGAAGCAGCUCAGUGAUUUACUACAGGAUCCAAACUGUCAACUGAAGACACUGAGGUUUUUGAGUGCUGCUGCAGAUGAAGCCUGUCAGUAUGUGGAGAGAGUUGUGGGUAAAAACCCGUUACUCCUGAGAGAGCUGAAUCUGAGUGAACAUGAACUAGGAGACACACGAGUGAAUCAGAUCGCUGCUCUACUGCAGGAUAAACACUGUCAACUCAAAACACUGAUUCUGAGUGAAUGCAGAAUUACAGAGAAACAGUGUGUCAUCCUGACUUCAGCUCUGAAAUCAAACCUGUCACACCUGAGAGAGCUGAACCUGAGCGGGAAUGAAAUAGGAAACACAGGAUUGAAGCACUUAUGUGACGUACUGAAGGAUUCACACUGUAAACUGGAGAGAUUGAGACUCUCUAACUGCAGUGUAACAGAAGAAGGUUAUAAAGCUCUGGCUUCAGCUCUGAGAUCAAACCCUUCACACCUGAUAGAGCUGGAUCUCACAGGAAAUGAUCCUGGACAAUCAGGAGUGAAGGAGCUCAGUGAUUUACUACAGGAUCCAAACUGUCAACUGAAGAUACUGAGGUUUUUGAGUGCUGCUGCAGAUGAAGCCUGUCAGUAUGUGGAGAGAGUUGUGGGUAAAAACCCGUUACUCCUGAGAGAGCUGAAUCUGAGUGAACAUGAACUAGGAGACACACGAGUGAAUCAGAUCGCUGCUCUACUGCAGGAUAAACACUGUCAACUCAAAACACUGACUCUGAGUGGAUGCAGUAUUACAGAGAAACAGUGUGUCAUCCUGACUUCAGCUCUGAAAUCAAACCCGUCACACCUGAGAGAGCUGAACCUGAGCAGGAAUGAACUAGGAGACUCUGGAGUGAAAAACCUCAGUGAUCUACUGAUGAACCCACAAUUCAAGCUGGAGAAACUACAUCUGUAUGGAUGCAGUAUUACAGAGAAACAGUGUGUCAUCCUGACUUCAGCUCUGAAAUCAAACCCGUCACACCUGAGAGAGCUGAACCUGAGCAGGAAUGAACUAGGAGACUCUGGAGUGAAAAACCUCAGUGAUCUACUGAUGAACCCACAAUUCAAGCUGGAGAAACUACAUCUGUAUGAAUGCAGUAUUACAGAGAAACAGUGUGUCAUCCUGACUUCAGCUCUGAAAUCAAACCCGUCACACCUGAGAGAGCUGGACCUGAGCUGGAAUGAACUAGGAGACUCUGGAGUGAAAAACCUCAGUGAUCUACUGAUGAACCCACAAUUCAAGCUGGAGAAACUAGAUCUGAGUGGAUGCAGUAUUACAGAGAAACAGUGUGUCAUCCUGACUUCAGCUCUGAAAUCAAACCCGUCACACCUGAGAGAGCUGAACCUGAACUGGAAUAUAAUAGGAAACAGAGGAGUGAAGCUCUUAUGUGACGUACUGAAGGAUUCACACUGUAAACUGGAGAGAUUGAGACUCUCUAACUGCAGUGUAACAGAAGAAGGUUAUAAAGCUCUGGCUUCAGCUCUGAGAUCAAACCCUUCACACCUGAUAGAGCUGGAUCUCACAGGAAAUGAUCCUGGACAAUCAGGAAUGAAGGAGCUCAGUGAUUUACUACAGGAUCCAAACUGUCAACUGAAGACACUGAGGUUUUUGAGUGCUGCUGCAGAUGAAGCCUGUCAGUAUGUGGAGAGAGUUGUGGCUAAAAACCCGUUACUCCUGAGAGAGCUGAAUCUGAGUGAACAUGAACUAGGAGACACACGAGUGAAUCAGAUCGCUGCUCUACUGCAGGAUAAACACUGUCGACUCAAAACACUGACUCUGAAUAGAUGCAGUAUUACAGAGAAACAGUGUGUCAUCCUGACUUCAGCUCUGAAAUCAAACCCGUCACACCUGAGAGAGCUGAACCUGAGCUGGAAUGAACUAGGAGACUCUGGAGUGAAAAACCUCAGUGAUCUACUGAUGAACCCACAAUUCAAGCUGGAGAAACUACAUCUGAUUGAUUGCAGUAUUACAGAGAAACAGUGUGUCAUCCUGACUUCAGCUCUGAAAUCAAACCCGUCACACCUGAGAGAGCUGGACCUGAGCUGGAAUGAACUAGGAGACUCUGGAGUGAAAAACCUCAGUGAUCUACUGAUGAACCCACAAUUCAAGCUGGAGAAACUACAAUGCAGAAUUACAGAGAAACAGUGUGUCAUCCUGACUUCAGCUCUGAAAUCAAACCCGUCACACCUGAGAGAGCUGAACCUGAGCGGGAAUAAACUAGGAGACUCUGGAGUGAAAAACCUCAGUGAUCUACUGAUGAAACCACAAUUCAAGCUGGAGAAACUACAUCUGAAUAGAUGCAGUAUUACAGAGAAACAGUGUGUCAUCCUGACUUCAGCUCUGAAAUCAAACCCGUCACACCUGAGAGAGCUGAACCUGAGUUGGAAUAAACUAGGAGACUCUGGAGUGAAAAACCUCAGUGAUCUACUGAUGAACCCACAAUUCAAGCUGGAGAAACUACAUCUGAAUAGAUGCAGUAUUACAGAGAAACAGUGUGUCAUCCUGACUUCAGCUCUGAAAUCAAACCCGUCACACCUGAGAGAGCUGAACCUGAGCGGGAAUGAACUAGGAGACUCUGGAGUGAAAAACCUCAGUGAUCUACUGAUGAACCCACAAUUCAAGCUGGAGAAACUACAUCUGAAUAGAUGCAGUAUUACAGAGAAACAGUGUGUCAUCCUGACUUCAGCUCUGAAAUCAAACCCGUCACACCUGAGAGAUCUGAACCUGAGCUGGAAUAAACUUGGAGACUCUGGAGUGAAAAACCUCAGUGAUCUACUGAUGAACCCACAAUUCAAGCUGGAGAAACUACAUCUGUAUGAAUGCAGUAUUACAGAGAAACAGUGUGUCAUCCUGACUUCAGCUCUGAAAUCAAACCCGUCACACCUGAGAGAGCUGAACCUGAGCGGGAAUGAACUAGGAGACUCUGGAGUGAAAAACCUCAGUGAUCUGCUGAUGAACCCACAAUUCAAGCUGGAGAAACUACAUCUGUAUGAUUGCAGUAUUACAGAGGAACAGUGUGUCAUCCUGACUUCAGCUCUGAAAUCAAACCCGUCACACCUGAGAGAGCUGAACCUGAGCUGGGAUAAACUAGGAGACUCUGGAGUGAAAAACCUCAGUGAUCUACUGAUGAACCCACAAUUCAAGCUGGAGAAACUACAUCUGUAUGAUUGCAGUAUUACAGAGGAACAGUGUGUCAUCCUGACUUCAGCUCUGAAAUCAAACCCGUCACACCUGAGAGAGCUGAACCUGAGCUGGGAUAAACUAGGAGACUCUGGAGUGAAAAACCUCAGUGAUCUACUGAUGAACCCACAAUUCAAGCUGGAGAAACUACAUCUGUAUGGAUGCAGUAUUACAGAGAAACGGUGUGUCAUCCUGACUUCAGCUCUGAAAUCAAACCCGUCACACCUGAGAGAGCUGAACCUGUGGAGGAAUGAACUUGGAGACUCUGGAGUGAAAAACCUCAGUGAUCUACUGAUGAACCCACAAUUCAAGCUGGAGAAACUACAUCUGUAUGAAUGCAGUAUUACAGAGAAACAGUGUGUCAUCCUGACUUCAGCUCUGAAAUCAAACCCGUCACACCUGAGAGAGCUGAACCUGAACUGGAAUAAACUAGGAGACUCUGGAGUGAAAAACCUCAGUGAUCUACUGAUGAACCCACAAUUCAAGCUGGAGAAACUACAUCUGAGUGACUGCAGUAUUACAGAGAAACAGUGUGUCAUCCUGACUUCAGCUCUGAAAUCAAAUCCGUCACACCUGAGAGAGCUGAACCUGAGCUGGAAUGAACUAGGAGACUCUGGAGUGAAAAACCUCAGUGAUCUACUGAUGAACCCACAAUUCAAGCUGGAGAAACUACAAUGCAGAAUUACAGAGAAACAGUGUGUCAUCCUGACUUCAGCUCUGAAAUCAAACCCGUCACACCUGAGAGAGCUGGACCUGAGCAGGAAUAAACUAGGAGACUCUGGAGUGAAAAACCUCAGUGAUCUACUGAUGAACCCACAAUUCAAGCUGGAGAAACUACAUCUGAUUGAUUGCAGUAUUACAGAGAAACAGUGUGUCAUCCUGACUUCAGCUCUGAAAUCAAACCCGUCACACCUGAGAGAGCUGAACCUGAACUGGAAUAAACUAGGAGACUCUGGAGUGAAAAACCUCAGUGAUCUACUGAUGAACCCACAAUUCAAGCUGGAGAAACUACAUCUGUAUGGAUGCAGUAUUACAGAGGAACAGUGUGUCAUCCUGACUUCAGCUCUGAAAUCAAACCCGUCACACCUGAGAGAGCUGAACCUGAGCUGGAAUAUAAUAGGAAACACAGGAGUGAAGCUCUUAUGUGACGUACUGAAGGAUUCACACUGUAAACUGGAGAGAUUGAGACUCUCUAACUGCAGUGUAACAGAAGAAGGUUAUAAAGCUCUGGCUUCAGCUCUGAGAUCAAACCCUUCACACCUGAUAGAGCUGGAUCUCACAGGAAAUGAUCCUGGACAAUCAGGAGUGAAGGAGCUCAGUGAUUUACUACAGGAUCCAAACUGUCAGCUGAAGACACUGAGGUUUUUGAGUGCUGCUGCAGAUGAAGCCUGUCAGUAUGUGAAGAGAGUUGUGGGUAAAAACCCGUUACUCCUGAGAGAGCUGAAACUGAUUCAACAUGAACUAGGAGACACACGAGUGAAUCAGAUCGCUGCUCUACUGCAGGAUAAACACUGUCGACUCAAAACACUGAUACUCUCUAACUGCAGUGUAACAGAAGAAGGUUAUAAAGCUCUGGCUUCAGCUCUGAGAUCAAACCCUUCACACCUGAUAGAGCUGGAUCUCACAGGAAAUGAUCCUGGAAAAUCAGGAGUGAAGGAGCUCAGUGAUUUACUACAGGAUCCAAACUGUCAACUGAAGACACUGAGGUUUUUGAGUGCUGCUGCAGAUGAAGCCUGUCAGUAUGUGGAGAGAGUUGUGGGUAAAAACCCGUUACUCCUGAGAGAGCUGAAACUGAUUCAACAUGAACUAGGAGACACACGAGUGAAUCAGAUCGCUGCUCUACUGCAGGAUAAACACUGUCGACUCAAAACACUGACUCUGAGUGUUUGCAGUAUUACAGAGGAACAGUGUGUCAUCCUGACUUCAGCUCUGAAAUCAAACCCGUCACACCUGAGAGAGCUGAACCUGAGCGGGAAUAAACUUGGAGACUCUGGAGUGAAAAACCUCAGUGAUCUACUGAUGAACCCACAAUUCAAGCUGGAGAAACUAAAUCUGUAUGAAUGCAGAAUUACAGAGAAACAGUGUGUCAUCCUGACUUCAGCUCUGAAAUCAAACCCGUCACACCUGAGAGAGCUGAACCUGAGCUGGAAUGAACUAGGAGACUCUGGAGUGAAAAACCUCAGUGAUCUACUGAUGAACCCACAAUUCAAGCUGGAGAAACUACAAUGCAGAAUUACAGAGAAACAGUGUGUCAUCCUGACUUCAGCUCUGAAAUCAAACCCGUCACACCUGAGAGAGCUGGACCUGUGGGGGAAUAAACUAGGAGACUCUGGAGUGAAAAACCUCAGUGAUCUACUGAUGAACCCACAAUUCAAGCUGGAGAAACUACAUCUGAUUAGAUGCAGUAUUACAGAGAAACAGUGUGUCAUCCUGACUUCAGCUCUGAAAUCAAACCCGUCACACCUGAGAGAGCUGGACCUGAGCGGGAAUGAACUAGGAGACUCUGGAGUGAAAAACCUCAGUGAUCUACUGAUGAACCCACAAUUCAAGCUGGAGAAACUACAAUGCAGUAUUACAGAGGAACAGUGUGUCAUCCUGACUUCAGCUCUGAAAUCAAACCCGUCACACCUGAGAGAGCUGGACCUGUGGGGGAAUAAACUAGGAGACUCUGGAGUGAAAAACCUCAGUGAUCUACUGAUGAACCCACAAUUCAAGCUAGAGAAACUAAAUCUGUGGAGAUGCAGUAUUACAGAGAAACAGUGUGUCAUCCUGACUUCAGCUCUGAAAUCAAACCCGUCACACCUGAGAGAGCUGAACCUGAACUGGAAUAAACUAGGAGACUCUGGAGUGAAAAACCUCAGUGAUCUACUGAUGAACCCACAAUUCAAGCUGGAGAAACUAGAUCUGUAUGGAUGCAGUAUUACAGAGAAACAGUGUGUCAUCCUGACUUCAGCUCUGAAAUCAAACCCGUCACACCUGAGAGAGCUGGACCUGAGCGGGAAUAUAAUAGGAAACACAGGAGUGAAGCUCUUAUGUGACGUACUGAAGGAUUCACACUGUAAACUGGAGAGAUUGAGGUUAAGCUCCUGUGAAAUGACAGAUGAAGGUUGUUCUGCUCUGACUUCAGCUCUGAAAUCAAACCCGUCACACCUGAGAGAGCUGAACCUGAACAGGAAUGAACUAGGAGACUCUGGAGUGAAAAACCUCAGUGAUCUACUGAUGAACCCACAAUUCAAGCUGGAGAAACUACAUCUGAGUGUUUGCAGUAUUACAGAGGAACAGUGUGUCAUCCUGACUUCAGCUCUGAAAUCAAACCCGUCACACCUGAGAGAGCUGAACCUGAGCGGGAAUAAACUUGGAAACACAGGAGUGAAGCACUUAUGUGACGUACUGAAGGAUUCACACUGUAAACUGGAGAGAUUGAGGUUAAGCUCCUGUGAUGUGACAUAUGAAGGUUGUUCUGCUCUGACUUCAGCUCUGAAAUCAAACCCGUCACACCUGAGAGAGCUGAACCUGAGCUGGAACAAUCUAGGAGACUCUGGAGUGAAAAACCUCAGUGAUCUACUGAUGAACCCACAAUUCAAGCUGGAGAAACUAGAUCUGUAUAGAUGCAGUAUUACAGAGAAACAGUGUGUCAUCCUUACUUCAGCUCUGAAAUCAAACCCGUCACACCUGAGAGAGCUGAACCUGAACUGGAAUAAACUAGGAAACACAGGAGUGAAGCACUUAUGUGACGUACUGAAGGAUUCACACUGUAAACUGGAGAGAUUGAGACUCUCUAACUGCAGUGUAACAGAAGAAGGUUAUAAAGCUCUGGCUUCAGCUCUGAGAUCAAACCCUUCACACCUGAUAGAGCUGGAUCUCACAGGAAAUGAUCCUGGACAAUCAGGAGUGAAGGAGCUCAGUGAUUUACUACAGGAUCCAAACUGUCAGCUGAAGACACUGAGGUUUUUGAGUGCUGCUGCAGAUGAAGCCUGUCAGUAUGUGGAGAGAGUUGUGGGUAAAAACCCGUUACUCCUGAGAGAGCUGAAACUGAGUGAACAUGAACUAGGAGACACACGAGUGAAUCAGAUCGCUGCUCUACUGCAGGAUAAACACUGUCGACUCAAAACACUGAUUCUGUGUAGAUGCAGAAUUACAGAGGAACAGUGUGUCAUCCUGACUUCAGCUCUGAAAUCAAACCCGUCACACCUGAGAGAGCUGAACCUGAGCUGGAAUAAACUAGGAGACUCUGGAGUGAAAAACCUCAGUGAUCUACUGAUGAACCCACAAUUCAAGCUGGAGAAACUACAUCUGUAUGGAUGCAGAAUUACAGAGGAACAGUGUGUCAUCCUGACUUCAGCUCUGAAAUCAAACCCGUCACACCUGAGAGAGCUGGACCUGAGCUGGAAUAAACUAGGAGACUCUGGAGUGAAAAACCUCAGUGAUCUACUGAUGAACCCACAAUUCAAGCUGGAGAAACUAGAUCUGAGUGAAUGCAGUAUUACAGAGGAACAGUGUGUCAUCCUGACUUCAGCUCUGAAAUCAAACCCGUCACACCUGAGAGAGCUGAACCUGAGCUGUAAUGAACUAGGAGACUCUGGAGUGAAAAACCUCAGUGAUCUACUGAUGAACCCACAAUUCAAGCUGGAGAAACUACAUCUGAGUAGAUGCAGAAUUACAGAGGAACAGUGUGUCAUCCUGACUUCAGCUCUGAAAUCAAACCCGUCACACCUGAGAGAGCUGGACCUGAGCAGGAAUAAACUAGGAGACUCUGGAGUGAAAAACCUCAGUGAUCUACUGAUGAACCCACAAUUCAAGCUGGAGAAACUACAUGUGAUUGAUUGCAGUAUUACAGAGAAACAGUGUGUCAUCCUGACUUCAGCUCUGAAAUCAAACCCGUCACACCUGAGAGAGCUGAACCUGAACUGGAAUAAACUAGGAGACUCUGGAGUGAAAAACCUCAGUGAUCUACUGAUGAACCCACAAUUCAAGCUGGAGAAACUACAUCUGUUUGGAUGCAGUUUUACAGAGAAACAGUGUGUCAUCCUGACUUCAGCUCUGAAAUCAAACCCGUCACACCUGAGAGAGCUGAACCUGAGCUGGAAUAAACUAGGAAACACAGGAGUGAAGCACUUAUGUGACGUACUGAAGGAUUCACACUGUAAACUGGAGAGAUUGAGACUCUCUAACUGCAGUGUAACAGAAGAAGGUUAUAAAGCUCUGGCUUCAGCUCUGAGAUCAAACCCUUCACACCUGAUAGAGCUGGAUCUCACAGGAAAUGAUCCUGGACAAUCAGGAGUGAAGGAGCUCAGUGAUUUACUACAGGAUCCAAACUGUCAACUGAAAACACUGAGUCUGAGUGAAUGCAGUAUUACAGAAAAACAGUGUGUCAUCCUGACUUCAGCUCUGAAAUCAAACCCGUCACACCUGAGAGAGCUGAUCCUGAGCGGGAAUAAACUAGGAAACACAGGAGUGAAGCACUUAUGUGACGUACUGAAGGAUUCACACUGUAAACUGGAGAGAUUGAGGUUAAGCUCCUGUGAAAUGACAGAUGAAGGUUGUUCUGCUCUGACUUCAGCUCUGAAAUCAAACCCGUCACACCUGAGAGAGCUGAACCUGAACAGGAAUAAACUAGGAGACUCUGGAGUGAAAAACCUCAGUGAUCUACUGAUGAACCCACAAUUCAAGCUGGAGAAUCUACAUCUGUUUGGAUGCAGUAUUACAGAGAAACAGUGUGUCAUCCUGACUUCAGCUCUGAAAUCAAAUCCGUCACACCUGAGAGAGCUGGACCUGAGCUGGAAUAAACUAGGAAACACAGGAGUGAAGCACUUAUGUGAUGUACUGAAGGAUUCACACUGUAAACUGGAGAGAUUGAGGUUAAGCUCCUGUGAAAUGACAGAUGAAGGUUGUUCUGCUCUGACUUCAGCUCUGAAAUCAAACCCGUCACACCUGAGAGAGCUGAACCUGAACAGGAAUAAACUAGGAGACUCUGGAGUGAAAAACCUCAGUGAUCUACUGAUGAACCCACAAUUCAAGCUGGAGAAACUACAUCUGAGUAGAUGCAGUAUUACAGAGAAACAGUGUGUCAUCCUGACUUCAGCUCUGAAAUCAAACCCGUCACACCUGAGAGAGCUGAACCUGUGGAGGAAUAAACUAGGAGACUCUGGAGUGAAAAACCUCAGUGAUCUACUGAUGAACCCACAAUUCAAGCUGGAGAAACUAGAUCUGUAUGGAUGCAGUAUUACAGAGAAACAGUGUGUCAUCCUGACUUCAGCUCUGAAAUCAAACCCGUCACACCUGAGAGAGCUGAACCUGUGGGGGAAUAAACUUGGAGACUCUGGAGUGAAAAACCUCAGUGAUCUACUGAUGAACCCACAAUUCAAGCUGGAGAAACUACAACUCUCUAACUGCAGUGUAACAGAAGAUGGUUAUAAAGCUCUGGCUUCAGCUCUGAGAUCAAACCCUUCACACCUGAUAGAGCUGGAUCUCACAGGAAAUGAUCCUGGACAAUCAGGAGUGAAGGAGCUCAGUGAUUUACUACAGGAUCCAAACUGUCAGCUGAAGACACUGAGGUUUUUGAGUGCUGCUGCAGAUGAAGCCUGUCAGUAUGUGGAGAGAGUUGUGGGUAAAAACCCGUUACUCCUGAGAGAGCUGAAUCUGAGUGAACAUGAACUAGGAGACACACGAGUGAAUCAGAUCGCUGCUCUACUGCAGGAUAAACACUGUCGACUCAAAACACUGACUCUGAGUGGAUGCAGUAUUACAGAGAAACAGUGUGUCAUCCUGACUUCAGCUCUGAAAUCAAACCCGUCACACCUGAGAGAGCUGAACCUGAGCUGGAAUAAACUAGGAGACUCUGGAGUGAAAAACCUCAGUGAUCUACUGAUGAACCCACAAUUCAAGCUGGAGAAACUACAUCUGAUUGAAUGCAGUAUUACAGAGAAACAGUGUGUCAUCCUGACUUCAGCUCUGAAAUCAAACCCGUCACACCUGAGAGAGCUGAACCUGAACUGGAAUGAACUAGGAGACUCUGGAGUGAAAAACCUCAGUGAUCUACUGAUGAACCCACAAUUCAAGCUGGAGAAACUACAUCUGAUUGAUUGCAGUAUUACAGAGAAACAGUGUGUCAUCCUGACUUCAGCUCUGAAAUCAAACCCGUCACACCUGAGAGAGCUGAACCUGAACUGGAAUAAACUAGGAGACUCUGGAGUGAAAAACCUCAGUGAUCUACUGAUGAACCCACAAUUCAAGCUGGAGAAACUACAUCUGUAUAGAUGCAGAAUUACAGAGAAACAGUGUGUCAUCCUGACUUCAGCUCUGAAAUCAAACCCGUCACACCUGAGAGAGCUGAACCUGAGCUGGAAUGAACUAGGAGACUCUGGAGUGAAAAACCUCAGUGAUCUACUGAUGAACCCACAAUUCAAGCUGGAGAAACUACAUCUGUGGAGAUGCAGUAUUACAGAGAAACAGUGUGUCAUCCUGACUUCAGCUCUGAAAUCAAACCCGUCACACCUGAGAGAGCUGAACCUGAGCUGGAAUAAACUAGGAGACUCUGGAGUGAAAAACCUCAGUGAUCUACUGAUGAACCCACAAUUCAAGCUGGAGAAACUAGAUCUGAGUAGAUGCAGUAUUACAGAGGAACAGUGUGUCAUCCUGACUUCAGCUCUGAAAUCAAACCCGUCACACCUGAGAGAGCUGAACCUGAGCAGGAAUAUAAUAGGAAACACAGGAGUGAAGCACUUAUGUGACGUACUGAAGGAUUCACACUGUAAACUGGAGAGAUUGAGACUCUCUAACUGCAGUGUAACAGAAGAAGGUUAUAAAGCUCUGGCUUCAGCUCUGAGAUCAAACCCUUCACACCUGAUAGAGCUGGAUCUCACAGGAAAUGAUCCUGGACAAUCAGGAGUGAAGGAGCUCAGUGAUUUACUACAGGAUCCAAACUGUCAACUGAAGACACUGAGUCUGAGUGUUUGCAGUAUUACAGAAAAACAGUGUGUCAUCCUGACUUCAGCUCUGAAAUCAAACCCGUCACACCUGAGAGAGCUGAACCUGAGCUGGAAUAAACUAGAAAACACAGGAGUGAAGCACUUAUGUGACGUACUGAAGGAUUCACACUGUAAACUGGAGAGAUUGAGGUUAAGCUCCUGUGAAAUGACAGAUGAAGGUUGUUCUGCUCUGACUUCAGCUCUGAAAUCAAACCCGUCACACCUGAGAGAGCUGAACCUGAACAGGAAUGAACUAGGAGACUCUGGAGUGAAAAACCUCAGUGAUCUACUGAUGAACCCACAAUUCAAGCUGGAGAAACUACAUCUGAGUGUUUGCAGUAUUACAGAGGAACAGUGUGUCAUCCUGACUUCAGCUCUGAAAUCAAACCCGUCACACCUGAGAGAGCUGAACCUGAGCGGGAAUAAACUUGGAAACACAGGAGUGAAGCACUUAUGUGACGUACUGAAGGAUUCACACUGUAAACUGGAGAGAUUGAGGUUAAGCUCCUGUGAUGUGACAUAUGAAGGUUGUUCUGCUCUGACUUCAGCUCUGAAAUCAAACCCGUCACACCUGAGAGAGCUGAACCUGAGCUGGAAUAAACUAGGAGACUCUGGAGUGAAAAACCUCAGUGAUCUACUGAUGAACCCACAAUUCAAGCUGGAGAAACUAGAUCUGUAUAGAUGCAGUAUUACAGAGAAACAGUGUGUCAUCCUUACUUCAGCUCUGAAAUCAAACCCGUCACACCUGAGAGAGCUGAACCUGAACUGGAAUAAACUAGGAAACACAGGAGUGAAGCACUUAUGUGACGUACUGAAGGAUUCACACUGUAAACUGGAGAGAUUGAGACUCUCUAACUGCAGUGUAACAGAAGAAGGUUAUAAAGUUCUGGCUUCAGCUCUGAGAUCAAACCCUUCACACCUGAUAGAGCUGGAUCUCACAGGAAAUGAUCCUGGACAAUCAGGAGUGAAGGAGCUCAGUGAUUUACUACAGGAUCCAAACUGUCAACUAAAGACACUGAGGUUUUUGAGUGCUGCUGCAGAUGAAGCCUGUCAGUAUGUGGAGAGAGUUGUGGGUAAAAACCCGUUACUCCUGAGAGAGCUGAAUCUGAGUGAACAUGAACUAGUAGACACACGAGUGAAUCAGAUCGCUGCUCUACUGCAGGAUAAACACUGUCAACUCAAAACACUGACUCUGAGUGGAUGCAGAAUUACAGAGAAACAGUGUGUCAUCCUGACUUCAGCUCUGAAAUCAAACCCGUCACACCUGAGAGAGCUGAACCUGAGCAGGAAUGAACUAGGAGACUCUGGAGUGAAAAACCUCAGUGAUCUACUGAUGAACCCACAAUUCAAGCUGGAGAAACUACAAUGCAGAAUUACAGAGAAACAGUGUGUCAUCCUGACUUCAGCUCUGAAAUCAAACCCGUCACACCUGAGAGAGCUGAACCUGAGCUGGAAUAAACUAGGAGACUCUGGAGUGAAAAACCUCAGUGAUCUACUGAUGAACCCACAAUUCAAGCUGGAGAAACUACAUCUGUUUGGAUGCAGUAUUACAGAGAAACAGUGUGUCAUCCUGACUUCAGCUCUGAAAUCAAACCCGUCACACCUGAGAGAGCUGGACCUGAGCGGGAAUGAACUAGGAGACUCUGGAGUGAAAAACCUCAGUGAUCUACUGAUGAACCCACAAUUCAAGCUGGAGAAACUAGAUCUGAGUAGAUGCAGUAUUACAGAGAAACAGUGUGUCAUCCUGACUUCAGCUCUGAAAUCAAACCCGUCACACCUGAGAGAGCUGGACCUGAGCUGGAAUGAACUAGGAGACUCUGGAGUGAAAAACCUCAGUGAUCUACUGAUGAACCCACAAUUCAAGCUGGAGAAACUACAUCUGUGUAGAUGCAGUAUUACAGAGAAACAGUGUGUCAUCCUGACUUCAGCUCUGAAAUCAAACCCGUCACACCUGAGAGAGCUGGACCUGAGCAGGAAUGAACUAGGAGACUCUGGAGUGAAAAACCUCAGUGAUCUACUGAUGAACCCACAAUUCAAGCUGGAGAAAGUAGAUCUGAGUGGAUCCAGUAUUACAGAGAAACAGUGUGUCAUCCUGACUUCAGCUCUGAAAUCAAACCCUUCACACCUGAGAGAGCUGGACCUGUGGGGGAUUAAACUAGGAGACUCUGGAGUGAAAAACCUCAGUGAUCUACUGAUGAACCCACAAUUUAAGCUGGAGAAACUGGAUCUGUUUAGAUGCAGUAUUACUGAGAAACAGUGUGUCAUCAUGACUUCAGCUGUAAGAUCAAACCCGUCACACCUGAGAGAGCUGGACCUCAGUGUGAAUAAACUAGGAAAUACAGGAGUGAAGCACUUAUGUGACAUACUGAAGGAUUCACACUGUAAACUGGAGAGAUUGGGACUCUCUAACUGCAGUUUAACAGAAGAAGGUUAUAAAGUUCUGGCUUCAGCUCUGAGAUCAAACCCUUCACACCUGAUAGAGCUGGAUCUCACAGGAAAUGAUCCUGGACAAUCAGGAGUGAAGCAGCUCAGUGAUUUACUACAGGAUCCAAACUGUCAAAUGAAGACACUGAGGUUUUUGAGUGCUGCUGCAGAUGAAGCCUGUCAGUAUGUGAAGAGAGUUGUGGGUAAAAACCUGUUACUCCUGACAGAGCUGAAUCUGAGUGAACAUGAACUAGGAGACACACGAGUGAAUCAAAUCACUGCUCUACUGCAGGAUAAACACUGUCGACUCAACACACUGAUUCUGAGUGGAUGCAGUAUUACAGAGAAACAGUGUGUCAUCCUUACUUCAGCUCUGAAAUCAAACCCGUCACACCUGAGAGAGCUGAACCUGAGCUGGAAUAAAAUAGGAAAAACAGGAGUGAAGCACUUAUGUGACGUACUGAAGGAUUCACACUGUAAACUGGAGAGAUUGAGACUCUCUAACUGCAGUGUAACAGAAGAAGAUUAUAAAGCUCUGGCUUCAGCUCUGAGAUCAAACCCUUCACACCUGAUAGAGCUGGAUCUCACAGGAAAUUAUCCUGGACAAUCAGGAGUGAAGGAGCUCAGUGAUUUACUACUGGAUCCAAACUGUCAACUGAAGACACUGAGGUUUUUGAGUGCUGCUGCAGAUGAAGCCUGUCAGUAUGUGAAGAGAGUUGUGGGUAAAAACCCGUUACUCCUGAGAGAGCUGAAUCUGAGUGAACGUGAACUAGGAGACACACGAGUGAAUCAGAUCGCUGCUCUACUGCAGGAUAAACACUGUCGACUCAACACACUGAUUCUGAGUGGAUGCAGAAUUACAGAGAAACAGUGUGUCUUCCUGACUUCAGCUCUGAAAUUAAACCCGUCACACCUGAGAGAGCUGAACCUGAGCUGGAAUAAACUAGGAGACUCUGGAGUGAAAAACCUCAGUGAUCUACUGACGAUCCCACAAUUCAAGCUGGACAAACUACAUCUGAGUGAAUGCAGUAUUACAGAGAAACAGUGUGUCAUCCUAACUUCAGCUCUGAAAUCAAACCCGUCACACCUGAGAGAGCUGGACCUGAGCAGGAACAAUCUAGGAGACUCUGGAGUGAAAAACCUCAGUGAUCUACUGAUGAACCCACAAUUCAAGCUGGAGAAACUACAUCUGUUUAGAUGCAGUAUUACAGAGAAACAGUGUGUCAUCCUGACUUCAGCUCUGAAAUCAAACCCGUCACACCUGAGAGAGCUGGACCUGUGGGGGAAUGAACUAGGAAACUCAGGAGUGAAGCACCUAUGUGACGUACUGAAGGAUUCACACUGUAAACUGGAGAGAUUGAGUCUAUAUAACUGUGGCAUUACAGAUGUUUCUUCUUUAACUCAGUCUUUGACUAACUCAAAAGCACAGCAGUUUUUAAAAGAUCUUGACCUGAGACACAAUACGAUCAGAGUCUCUAAGCAGCAGCUCAGUGACGUGUUACGAGACUCAAACUGUAAACUGAGAAUAGAUGAAGAUCAAUCGCCAAAAGUCUCUAAACAAGUUAAAUCACCAAACAUCCCUGAUAGAGUUCAAUUUCCAAAAGUCUCUGAACAAGUUAAAUCUCCAAAAGUCUCUGAACAAGUUAAAUCUCCAAAAGUCUUUAAACAAGUUAAAUCACCAAACGCCUCUGAUGAAUGCUCUAUAUCAUAGUUUGAAAUCAUCAUGAGAGGAGCAGUAAUCAUCAGGUGAUCCACAGAAGAGUCUCACUACUGUGUCUAUGAGGAGAAAUAAAUGUGUGAUUAAUGUGUAAAUGUGUUUCAUACAGAUGGAAGAGACUCAGACUUUACAAUGAAAUAAAGCAGCACGUGUGUUAGCAUGUGUAUUAGAAACAUAUUGAAUGAUUAAUGUUGCUUUAGUAUUCAGCCAAAUGAUGGUUUUGUUUUAUUUAAAGGUGAACAGGAGGAAGAAGCUCAGAUGAGUCUGUCAGCAGAAAUCUUCAGGCUCUUCAGUAUCAGGCCUACAAAUAUAAUAAUGUUUGGAUUGAACUCAUCCAUAAUCAUUAAAAUGUUUCUAAUCAUAAACAUGAUUGUCAAGUAUAGCACAUAAAUGUAUCAAAAGAGAUAAAGUCUACAUGUUACUUCAAACAUUUACAUGAUCUCUUAAAUUUUAUACACAGAAUGUUUUUGUUUAUUUUUGUUAUUCUGUUUUAUUUUAUAUUAAGUUAUCUAUGUGUGUGUUGUUAAUGCACAGAUAUACAGUAUAUUGUCUUUGUUCUGUGGAUGGAGUCUCUUCUAGUCAGACCAACUAAACAUUUUUACCAGUUAA